AUGCAUUACACCGCCGCCGCCGCCCUGGUUCUUGCCAGCAGUGUCGCCGCCCACACCCGCGUCUACAGCGCCUGGGUCAACGGCGUUGACCAAGGAGACGGCCGCGAUUCGACCGGCUACAUUAGAUCUCCUCCCACGAACGACCCUGUGAAGGAUUUGACAUCGACAGACCUUGUGUGCAAUGUGAACGGAGGCACCCCUGUCUCCAGCUUCGUCUCAGCUGCCGCCGGUGACAAGGUCGCCUUUGAGUGGUACCACGAUUCUCGCAAUGACGACAUCAUCGCCUCUUCCCACAAGGGUCCCAUCAUCACCUACAUCGCCCCCUACACCGAGGACAAUGGUGCCAGCGCCAUCUGGUCGAAGAUCGACGAAGAGGGUUACGACAGCACCACCGGCAGCUGGGCCGUCGACAACCUGAUUGCCAACGCUGGCCAAAAGGAGUUCACCAUCCCCUCCACUCUUGCCGCCGGCAAGUACCUGAUCCGCCAGGAGAUCAUUGGCCUCCACGAAGCCGACGCUUCCUACGCCGAGAACUCGGCCCGUGGUGCCCAGUUCUACCCCUCAUGCUUGCAGUUCGACAUCACCGGUUCCGGCUCCGCCGCUCCCGAUGAGAACUUCAACUUCAAUACCGGCUACACCGAGGCCGACCCUGGCGUCGUCUUCAACCUCUACGGGUCUUUCACCAGCUACGAGAUUCCCGGUCCCGCUGUCUGGGACGCCGCUGGCUCCUCCGGUGGCGCGGCUAGCACCAUCGCUGUUACUUCCACGGCUGCUAGUACCUCGACUGCCGCUGUCGAGACCACCGCUGCCCCUACCACCAUUGCCGCCCCUACCACCCUCGCCACCUCGGUCAAGGCUUCCUCCACUGCUGUCGCCUCUUCUCCCGCUGAGGUUGUUUCCACUACUGCUGCUGCUGCCACCCCUACCAAGGGAUGCUCCAAGCGCCGCAACGCCAACCGCAAGUUCUAA